UUAAGGCACCACAUUCACAUGCGAGACAAAGGCGGCCAGAACCCAGAAACCCUUUCAACCCUUUGGCCUUCCAGCAUUAAUCCCCUCCACUUGGAUCUUCAACUAUUAGUUUACGAAACUCUCAGUUCGAUUAUCAGCCCAUUUCUCUUCUUCCGCGAAACUCGAUCAGAUAGAUUGAAUAAUAUCGCGUACGAUCAAAUGAGUAGUGUUUCAACAUCAAACGGCGCACGAUCAGCCUUCUCAUAUUGCGUCCAACAAGUACGAAACUACGACUACCACCACUACCUAUGCCUCCUCGAACUCCCACAAAACAUGCGAAAAUCCGCUUUCGCAAUCCGAGCGUUCAACGUCGAAACGUCAAGAGCAAUGGACGUUGCUUCCGAUCAAAGAAUCGGUCUAAUGCGCCUCCUUUGGUGGCAAGAAUCCAUCGACAAAAUCUUCUCCAACAAGUUAAUCGAACACCCAGUCGCUCAAGCCCUCUCUACAGUAAUAUCCGAGCACAAGGUCAGUAAAAUUUGGCUAAAAAGAUCCGUCGAAGCUCGAAUAAAAGACGCGCAAAGAGAAGUCACCGAUAUUCAAGAAACUGUCGAAGAUUUGGAGCGUUACGCAGAGGACACGGUAUCCACCAUUUUGUACUCGACACUUCAAUCAGGUGGUAUAAGUUCCACCGUAGCGGAUCAUGCAGCCUCGCAUAUCGGCAAAGCGAGCGGGCUUUUGUUGCUGCUUAAGUCACUGCCUUACCAUGCAAAUAGGAAGUCGUGUCUGCCUUACAUACCUCUAAAGGUAGCGGAAAAACACGGGCUUUUGGUGAGUGAGGGUGGGAAGUAUGGAAUACGUGUUGAUUCUCGUGAGGGUUUGUGCAACGCUGUUUUCGAGAUUGCGUCUGUUGCGAACGCGCAUUUGAAGAAGGCGCGUGAGUUGAAAGUGCCUGCUGAGGCACGUGCGGUGCUGCUGCCAGCUGUCGCUGCGCAGGUUACGCUGGACACGUUGAGCCGUGUGCAGUUUGACGUGUUUGAUUCGAGGUUGACGAGGGGUAUUUUGGGGAUUCCGCCUUUGUGGUUUCAGUUGAAGCUCAAGUGGUGUUCGUGGAGAGGGAAAUACUGAGAGUUGUUAUGCAAUGACACUAAUAUUGGCGAGCACCGGUUUGGUUUGCUUGUGUUGAAUAAAAUGUUUCUUUUAGGGUUAAAAUAUCGAAGUCGAGAUCGAGCAGCUUAAUCUUUACUUGAGGCAAAUAGAUAAUAGCAAAUGAAACCCUUGAAGAUUGUUCAUGUGUUCUGCUACUCUCAGCAUCUUCGAACUAAAUUCACAGGUUCUUAUGCUCUUUAUACAACAAGGAUCGUCUAUCGAAUAUUUACAAACACCAAGUUUUUGUUUUUUUUUUAUUUUAUC